AUGAGGGGCACCAGCGUGCUACCGCGCCUCCGGUCUGGGAACCCAACUCACAGUGACAAGUAUGAGAAAGACCACGGAGAAUAUGUGGAAGAGGCCGAGAGACGAAUUGACGCGGUGCCGAGGCGAAUUGGCCUUGCGGCGCCCAGCAGCUGCAGCUGGCCGCGGCGCGUCGCAGCGGGGCUGCGGAGCGAGCUGCCGCGACAGAAAAUAAAGCCGGCGGAACGUGCGGUCCUAGCUCGGCCGCGCAUAUGCACCUGCGACUGUUUUCUUGCGUUUUGUUUUGGAGCCGAAGUGCAGCGGCCGAGUUCGAAUCGCCGGUCGCUGGCCAAUUCUCUGAUUGUCACGCGUCUAUCGUCCGAGGAGAUGGUAUCCACGGUCUGGGAGUUGCCAGAUCAGGUCACCGCGCAAGAAGGCCGAACGCCAUCGAAUUCGAUGUUCGGGAACAGCGGUCUGGUGAAGAACGCGCUCCACUGCGAUGGGGAAUCUGAAGGAACGCGCAACCCCUCGUUCUCCAUACGGAAUAUUCCUGUGGGAUGGAACCACUGCGACCCGAGCAAGGGGCCACAGAUCGGCGCCAAGAAACCUGGGGUCCAACAAAACUUGGAAGCUACGGAUACCGUCACCACUCCAGAAUACGCGAUUGGUGUUUCCAAGGAAACACCAAGCGAGUGGGAGUUUGCAAACGAAGCCAUCGAGAUACUGGUACUGAGGACUGUGUACGAGCUCGCCCCCCUGAAGUGGAUAGCGACGGUCGUAUGGUGCAACUAA